UCACCCUGUUCCCUAGGCGUGUUGUGCCCUAGCAUCAGUCACACCUUACCUCGACCUUUUAGGGAUUCCUCGUCCCUAAUCUCCGUCGCGUCGCGACAUCGUCGUCGAUUAAAUCAGCGCGGUGCGACCUAUCUCGGACCGCAGCAUGUUGGGUCGAGCAGCGGUUUUCGCGCGCUCCUUGGCCCGCGGGAAGGGAGGCUCGAUCGCUGACAAGGCAUGCAAGCCAUUCAGCACCAGCGCUCCGGCUGCAGCCGCCGCGUCAGCAGCCGGCAAUGAAAACACCACGAACGAUUCGCUGACGUGGAAGCUGCUGCGUGCCACGGGUGCAGUGGGAGGCGCGGUGCUGGGCGUCGCAGCUCUCGCUGACGUGGCACGUGCUGACGAGGCGGAGCACGGGCUUCACGCUCCCGCGUACCCGUGGUCGCAUGACGGCAUCUUCAGCUCUUAUGAUCACGCCUCCAUUCGGCGGGGCCACCAGGUGUACCAGCAGGUGUGCGCGACGUGCCACAGCAUGUCGCUGGUGGCGUACCGCGACCUGAUCGGCGUGGCGUACACGGAGGACGAGGUCAAGGCGCUCGCCGCCGAGGUGGAAGUAGAGGACGGCCCAAAUGAUGAGGGCGAGAUGUUCCUGCGCCCGGGCAAGCCCUCGGAUAAGCUCCCCAACCCCUACGCCAACGAGCAGGCCGCUCGGUUCGCCAACGGCGGGGCGUACCCUCCCGAUCUGAGCCUCAUUAGCAAGGCACGCCAUGACGGGCAGAACUACGUGUAUGCUCUCCUCACUGGCUACCGCGAACCGCCUGCUGGGAUCUCGGUGCGCGAGGGGCUGCACUACAACCCGUACUUCCCAGGGGGCGCCAUUGCCAUGCCCAAGAUGCUCAACGACGGGGGCAUCGAGUACGAGGACGGCACGCCUGCCACGGAGUCCCAGCAGGCCAAGGACGUGGUCACCUUCCUCGCAUGGGCUGCUGAGCCCGAGAUGGACGAGCGCAAGCUGAUGGGAGUGAAGUGGAUGUUCAUCAUCUCGCUCGUGUGGCUCACUGCCAUCUACUACAAGCGCUGGCGCUGGUCCCCCAUCAAGUCACGCAGGGUCAUUGUGGACGUUGUUAACUAAGCGCUUGAAGCUAAGCUUUGGAAGGCCCUCGAAGCUAAGCGUUGGACAGGAGAGCUCGAUCUGCAGGUGGAGAUGGGAUGAGAUGCGCAUUGAUGGAGGCAUGAGGAUCCCGUGAAGGGAGUGGGGCUUGUAGAUUUGGAAAUACUGGGCAGCUAUGAACGGCUUCAUUUCUUCACUUCACCCAACUUCCACCCAUUCAUCUCCCAAACCAACCCAACCCAACCCGACUCCACAUCCAUCCAUCACCUGGCAUCCUCCAACGUCAUUUCUUAUCCCUCACCCCCUCCCUCCUCCCCCUUCCCUCCCAUAUUCCAACAAUAUGAAAAAGUUCGGCUCGACAGCUGCUUCAAGUGUAAUGCAUAAGAUAAGUAGAAGUGUGGUAAUAUCUUGUUAACGACUUAUGUGGGUGGAGGCUUAUCAAAGCGUAUAGUUGUCUACACCUAUUCUGUAGUCUACAGUGACUCCCGCUCUAACCACUUUACC